CCUUCUUUUCAAAACGAGGCUUUGCCGAGAAACACUGUGUCUGCGCUCGUACCGCGUGUAAAUAUCCAAAAACACCCUAAAAAAUGGUCCGUAUCAGCGUGCUAGCCGAUGCGCUGAAGUGCAUCAACAAUGCGGAAAAGCGUGGCAAGCGCCAGGUCCUGAUUCGCCCGAACUCGAAGGUGGUAAUCAAGUUCCUGACCGUGAUGAUGAAGCACGGCUACAUCGGCGAGUUCGAAAUCGUCGAUGAUCACCGCAGCGGAAAGGUCGUCGUGAAUCUGACCGGCCGCCUGAACAAGGCUGGCAUCAUCUCGCCCCGGUUUGAUACGAAGGUUAACGAUCUGGAACGCUGGACCAACAAUCUGCUGCCGUCGCGUCAGUUUGGCUACGUCGUGCUCACUACCAGCGGUGGAAUCAUGGACCACGAAGAGGCUAGGCGGAAACAUUUGGGAGGAAAGAUCCUUGGAUAUUUCUUCUAAGCAUAUGUUUGAUUGCACUGGAUCACAGCGGAAGGGCGGCUAGGUCCUGCUUGUUCUGGAGAAGGUUGCCUUUUAUCAACAAUCGGAAUUUUAGUAGCAGCAGCAGGGUCGUCGAAUGUCAACAAUCUCAUCGACCGGAAUCGGAGAGUCCUGAAGCGAGCGUAAAAAACUGCGAAUGUUAAUAAAGGGAUAUAUCUAAAAUGAA